AUGUAUUCUUCAAGCAUUUCACUCUCAGACUCUCCUUCAACCACUCAAACAUCUUCCUCUAUACAUUCUCAUUUGCAGGUCUCACCUAAAAUAUGUAACACCUUACUUCGUGCCUUUCUGCAGCUUGUGAGAGGAGAGUUCAUUGUACUCCCCACAUCUUCCCCUGAUGAAUUUACCGUUAGACUGCAAUCCAUGGCUCCUGAAAUAAACGAUGCGCUCCGUGCAAUCGCGGCUGACCCAACCGAGGGUUUGAUGUGGGGGCAUUCUGUCAUUGCCAAAAGUUCUACCCUUACUACUAUUGUUGUUUAA